UUGACUUUGAUUUCCAGCCUUUUGACAAUCCGGCUGUAAUUGAACGUUAUUUUUUUAGGGGGGGGAGGAAACUUGAUAACUACUAGGCGGGAUUCGAAAGCAAUGGCAGAAGACAAGCACGAUGCUGAGCAUGCGCUCAGCGACUCGGAUACCACGACCGACGAACAACAAGUUCUUGCGCAGACGAGUGAGGCCGAAGAAAAGAGGUUGCUGCGGAAGUUGGAUUUGCGCUUGUUGCCUGCGGUGUCGAUUUUGUACUUGUUGUCGUUUUUGGAUCGGAGUAACGUCGCCAACGCACGCAUCGAGGGUCUCACUACAGACUUGAAAAUGACAGGGAACCAGUACCUAACGGGCCUCACGCUCUACUUUGUCGGCUACGUGCUAUUCGAGAUUCCGUGUAAUAUUGUGCUGAAGCGGACGACGCCGCGGUUCUGGCUUCCGACACUGACGGUGGCGUGGGGGGUUGUGGCGACGCUGAUUGGUAUUGUGCAGAAUCUGACGGGGUUUUUGAUUGUGCGGUUUUUUCUCGGUGUCACAGAAUCUGGCCUGUUCCCCGGAGUCGUGUACUAUCUGAGUAUGUGGUAUAAGCGGAGUGAGCGGCAGUAUCGCAUUUCGCUCUUCUUUAGCUGUGCUUCGCUUGCUGGGGCUUUUGGCGGUAUCCUCGCAUAUGGCAUCGCGCACAUGCGUGGUGUAGCUGGACAGCCAGGAUGGCGGUGGAUAUUCAUCCUCGAAGGUAUCGCCACUGUCGUCAUUGGUGUAAUAGCAUACUGGUUCAUCUCCAACUACCCAUCUACCGUAUCGUGGCUCUCUCCCAGAGAACGCACAUUUCUCCAAGCACGCCUCAAGGCCGACAGUGACGCCACAAACGAUGAGGCCUUUUCCUGGGGCCAAGUUAUUCUCGCAACCAAAGACAUUAAAGUCUGGCUCUAUGCAUUUGGAUUCCACACGAUGAGUUUACCACUGUAUACUCUAUCUCUAUUCCUGCCCACAAUCAUAAAAGACAUGGGCUACACCUCCGCCCAGAGCCAACUCCUCACCAUCCCCCCCUACGCCCUCGCCACUCUCUUCACAAUCCUCAUCGCUAUCCUCUCCGAACGCUACGCCCGCCGCGCCGCCUUCAUCCUCUUCACUUCCUCCUUGGCAAUCAUCGGCUACAUCAUCCUACUCGCAAACACGAAUCCGCGUGCACGCCCAGGCGUUUCAUAUGUAGGCACUUUCUUCGCUGCCACGGGCAUCUACCCGUCCGUCGCGCUCGUCCUCUGCUGGCCCGCCAUCAACGUCAGCGGGCAAACUAAACGCGCAACAGCCAAUGCCCUGCAAAUCAGCAUCGGCAAUCUGGGUGCUGUGCUAGGUACGCAGUUGUACCGUGCGAAUAGCGGGCCGAGAUACAUUCUUGGACACAGUUUUGCCCUGGGGUAUCUGGCGCUGAAUUUAGUGGUUGUGAGCGCGUUGUGGGUGGUGCUUAAUCGGGAGAAUGCGGAGAAAGUUAAGAUGCUGGAGAGUGAACCGCACACACCUGGAUUCCAUGAUAGUGCUGAAGAUUUGGCGUUGGGGGAUAGGCAUCCUAGGUGGAGGUUUCAGGUUUAAAGGGAAAGAGAGAGGUAAGGUUGUUAGAGGGGAGGUGGAUAUGAAAUAGGUAACGAGGACAGUUUUUGUUGUACAUGUAAAUCCCCUUUUACGAUUGCU